CACCGGCACCUCCUCGAACCCCUUUGGUAAUUCCCAAACUACCCCCAUUCUUCCUCCGAAUUCACCAACCAACCACGGCAUAUAAAUCCCAAACCACAUCGCAACACACCACAACGCAACACCGCAACAGUCCCCAACAGAGUGUCCAUUUUGGUAAUAACACAACACACCGCCACAGAACACAGCAGCACCAGUGAUGGCGACGGGGUUGCUGAAGCGUGCGGCGCAGAGGGUCCCGUCCUCGCCGGCGUUCAAGCUGGGCCUCCUGCGGGCCCACGCGUCGGAGGCCCAGGCCCAGCAGGUGCAGCCCAAGGCGCGCGACGCCCCCACGCUGAAGACCUUCCAAAUCUACCGGUGGAGCCCGGAAAGCCCGUCGAAGCCCGAACUAAAGGAGUACCAGAUCAACCUGAAGGAGUGCGGGCCCAUGGUCCUGGACGCGCUCAUCAAGAUCAAGAACGAGAUCGACCCCACCCUCACGUUCCGGCGCUCGUGCCGCGAGGGGAUCUGCGGGUCCUGCGCGAUGAACAUCGACGGGUGCAACGGCCUGGCGUGCCUCACGAAGAUUCCGUCGGAGAGCGCGGCGUCGACGGUGACGCCGCUGCCGCACAUGUUCGUGAUCAAGGACCUGGUGGUCGACAUGACGAACUUUUACAACCAGUAUAAGAGCAUUGAGCCGUGGCUGAAGCGGAAGACGCCGCCGCCGGUGCCCGGGAAGGAGAUCCUGCAGAGCAAGAAGGAGCGGGAGAAGCUCGAUGGGAUGUACGAGUGCAUUCUCUGCGCCUGCUGUAGCACAUCCUGCCCCAGCUACUGGUGGAACCCCGAGUCCUAUCUCGGCCCUGCCGCGCUGCUCCACGCUAAUAGGUGGAUAAGUGACAGUCGUGAUGAGUACACUAAGGAGAGAUUGGAGGCCGUUAAUGAUGAAUUUAAGCUCUAUCGCUGCCACACAAUAUUGAACUGUGCUCGUGCCUGUCCAAAGGGGUUGAACCCAGGAAAGCAAAUCUCACAUAUCAAGUCACUUCAGCCUAAAGCUUGAAAUUCUAUCAUUAGAAGCAUGAUGGUGUUUGCAUUUUGAUCAUAUUAUGUUGGGAUUUUGUAUUUUCUUCAAAGUUGGGGAUGAUUUAGCUAUAUUCUUAAUAAAACCUGAGCCCCUUUUCUAAAACUUGGGUUUUAAGUUUAUAUUGACUUUUGUUUCUGAAAUAAAUGUUAAUAGCAAAGAGAACCCCGUCUCAUAAAUUGUCUGUAGUUAUUUUGGAUUUCGACAUACUGACAUACAAGCUAAAUACUCUUCGUGGGUUUUUUUUA